AUGCCAAAACAGCCAGAUAUCGCCACAAGAGCAACCGUGGUUGCUUUAAAGGCUUACACUAGCAAAUCUUCGCAUGAGAUUGCUACGAUUACCAAUCUAUCUAUCUCAGCUGUCAACAAGAUCUACGCACGCGCAAUCGAGCGAGGCUUUGAGGUUAAUCAUAAUAAUAUUCAAGAUGCUUUUGUACAAGACGCCCAACGUACUGGCCGGCCAACUAAGCAAGACCAACCAACAACGACGACUAUCCUAUCUAAGGUGCGUCUGGAUCGUUAUGGCCGAGAGAAAUCUUGUGCUGAUCUUGCUGGUGAGCUUAGCAAGGAAGGAAUCAUUAUCUCUGCUGCUACUAUUUGGCGUAUCCUCAAGAACGCCGGCCUACGCAAGACGAAGCCAACUCGGAAGCCUGGGUUGACGAAGAAGAUGAAAGCUGAUCGGCUUGCUUGGUGUCUUGAACACCAAGCUUGGACACUUGAUGAUUGGAAGAAUGUGAUUUGGUCCGAUGAAACUUCGGUUAUUCUACUACAUCGACGUGGUAGCUAUCGAGUUUGGCGUUCUAAGGAUGAAGCUUUUGUUCGAUCUUGUAUUCGUGAGCGUUGGAAAGGCGCUUGUGAAUUCAUGUUUUGGGGCUGCUUUACCUAUGAUAAAAAAGGCCCUUAUCAUUGUUGGAAACCUGAAACUGCGCAAGAGAAACGUGAAUCUGAGCAAGAGAUUGAGCAAUUAAAUUGCGAGAUUGAGCCUAUUUUAAAAGCUGAUUGGGAGCUUGAAACGCAGAUGCGUCGUGUGAAUCUUCGACGACAACCUGCUGGUAAAAGGCCUAUAUGGAAAUUUAACCAGAAAACUGGCAAGCUUGGUCGUGGUCGUAAGGGUGGAAUUGAUUGGUAUCGAUAUCAAAAACUGAUUUUGAUACCAAAGCUAUUACCUUUUGCAAAGGAAUGCGCUAUUCAACGGCCGAAUACGCUUGUUCAAGAGGAUAAAGCACCGGCACAUAGCCACUAUAUCCAACAACGUGUUUUUGAUGCAGCUAAGGUUAAUCGGCUAAUUUGGUGUGGCAAUUCGCCUGAUCUAAAUCCAAUUGAGCCUGCCUGGCCUUGGUUGAAACGUGUUACAACCAAGAAAGGCGCACCAAAGAGUAGGCAGGAGGCCUAUAUUGCUUGGCAAGCUGCAUGGCGAGAGAUGCCGCAGGAGAAGAUCCAGCGUUGGAUUGAGCGUAUCCCUACGCAUAUCAAAAAGAUCAUCGAAUUAGAUGGUGGUAACGAAUAUAAAGAGGGUAGGCUAUAG